AUGAGUGGUCUCGCUACUAAGCAACAGUCGCUCAAGUUAUUUGAGAAGCUCAAGUCGAAGCCUGCGAAUAAGAUCUGCUUUGACUGCGGCCAAAAGAAUCCGACCUGGACUUCAGUACCCUUCGGUAUCUAUCUGUGUCUGGACUGCUCGUCCAACCACCGAAACCUCGGCGUUCAUAUCUCCUUUGUACGAUCGACAAACUUGGACCAAUGGCAAUGGGAUCAGUUGCGUUUGAUGAAGGUGGGCGGCAAUGAAUCGGCCACCAGAUUCUUCCAGCAAAACGGAGGAACUGCAGCAUUGAACAGCAAAGACCCCAAGACGAAAUACCAGUCCAGUGCGGCCACAAAGUAUAAAGAUGAGCUUAAGAGACGGGCUGCUCGCGACGCUAAAGAAUACCCCGACGAAGUUGUCAUGGCCGACGGCGCCGAAGAUGGCUCCUCAACUCCUGCAGGAGAGCCUGACGACGAUUUUUUCUCUUCGUGGGAUAAGCCCGCCAUCAAGCGGCCUACGCCGCCCCUCUCGCGAACAGCGACUCCUCCUGUCGUUGGCCGAACUCCCUCGCCGUUCUUGAACGCUGGCAAUGGCAAUGGAAAGGACACUUCACGACCAGCGUCAUCCCUCGCCAAGUCCGACUCUACAGGUGAAUCAAAGCCCGCCGCCAGCCGUAUUACUACGUCAGCUGCCCUCCGCAAGACCACGGCAGCAGGCGGUCCCAAGAAGCUCAACGUGCUUGGUGCUAAGAAGACCCAAAAACUUGGCGCGAAAAAAGUCGCCGGUGACUCUAUUGACUUUGAUGAAGCCGAGAAAAAGGCCAAGGAGGAGGCUGAGAGAAUUGCUAAGCUUGGGUACGACCCGGAAGCCGAGGACGAGCCUACUAAAGAUGCUCCUGGGGCCGCCACCAUUAUGGCCCCCACUCCCGUGAGCCCUCCCAGAUCCAGCGCCAGCUCUCACACGCGACAAAAGUCAAACGCCGAGGUCGAGAGACUGGGAAUGGGUGUUGCACGCCUGGGAUUUGGUCAGGUCGGAGGGACAAAAUCGACCGCCCAACCAGCAAAGAAGAAUGCAGAUGACUCGAACAACUACGCACGAAACAAGUUCGGCUCCCAGAAGGGCAUUUCGUCCGAUGAGUACUUCGGUAAGGGAUCGUUCGAUCCCAAUGCCCAGGCAGAAGCCAAGUCUCGUCUACAAGGAUUCGAAGGCGCAUCUGCCAUCUCCUCCAACGCCUACUUUGGACGACCCGAGGAAGAUGUCGAGGAAGAGUACGGCGAUUUGGAAUCAGCCGCCAAAGACUUUGUUCGCAAAUUCGGCAUUACCGCUAGUGACGACCUGGAAAAUCUUACAAACGUCCUUGGCGAGGGAGCUACCCGCCUGCAGGGCGCUAUUCGCAACUACCUCGGUAGUUGA